CCCCGCCGGUCCCGCCGCCGGUGCCGUCGGUGCCGCCGCCGCCGCCGAUAUGGCGCGCACGGCCCCUGUGGAGCCCCCGCUGCGGCAUCCCGCGCCCCCCUCGCCGGCCACGGGCGAGCCCCGCACCUCAGUCGAGGUAGCGGUGGCCCCGCGGCGGGUGCUGUUCGCCGAUGAGGCCCUGGGGCUGCCGCUGGCGCAGCUGCGCCGCUACCGGCCGUGGGGCGGGACCGGGGCGGGCAAGAUGGCGGCGGCGGCCGGGCAAGAUGGCGACGGCGGCGGGGCUGACGAGGACGACGAUGGCGAGGAUGGGGAUGAAGGGGAGGAGGAAGAGGAGGCUUGCCCCGAGCCCUCGCCGCUGUGCCCCGUCCCCGCUGGCGGGGGGUUUUACCUGGUGCCCACAUUUUCGCUGCCGCCCGCGUCAGGCCGUCUGGAGCGCUUGGGGCGCGUCAUGGUGGAGCUGGAGGCUCUGUUGCCGCCUCCCGGAGCGGUCCCCGGGGGUGCCGGGGUGUGGGUGCCCGGGGGGCGCCCGCCCGUGCUGCGCGGGUUGGUCCGCGUGCUGAACCGCUCCUUCGAGAAGGCGGUGCACGUGCGGGCCUCACACGACGGCUGGGCUUCCUUCUGCGACCACCCAGCGCGCUACGUCCCGCGCAGCCCGCCAUGGGCAGGAACGGGAGGACCAGGAGCAGGAGAUCCCAUCCUGGAUCUGGCCCUUGGCCUGGGCCCCGGCCAGGCGUCCGCCUCCUCGCCCGACGACGGCGGCCGCACCGACCGCUUUGCCUUCCAGCUGCCCUUUGCUGAGGGCGCGGGCGAUGGGGCGCGCCUGGACUUCGUGGUGCGCUAUGAGACCCCCGAGGGCACUUUCUGGGCCAACAACCACGGCCGCAACUACACAGUCCUGCUCCGGAUUGCACCCGCUCCCACACCCACUGAUGCCGAAGGGCUGCCCCAGCAGCAGCAGCUGCAGCAGCCGGAGCCACAGCCCGAGUGCCAGGGUCCCGUGGAGGCUGAGGCCAGGCAGCUGAAGAGCUGCAUGAAGCCGAUGAGGCGCAGGCCUCACGAGGAAGAGCUGAGGAUGAAGAGUGCGGAAGAUAAUGCCCCUGCUGUGGCAGAGCGUCCCGAUGUCCAGGAGUCACUGGGUCCCCUGGUGGCGCCCACACCUCUCCGUCCGUGGCCCCAAAUGACACUCCAGGUUUCUGAAGUUACAGUGACUGGCAAACCCCCCGAGGAAGGCGAUGCCCGCAGAAGCAGUCCGCCUGUGGCUUUCACAGAGGCCCCCCCGGCACCGGCCAUCAGGAUUCCCCUCUCAUCCUCUCUCUGUGGCCUGGGAGGCUCUCCCAGGGACCAGGCCUCGGGGCCCGAUGCAAGUGAGGGGGCUGCCGGGCCACUCCUGGAACCCAGCCAGCGAAAGGUGGAGGCCACGUGGGAAGUAUCGAGCGAGAAUGGCCGGGGCCGAAAGGACCCCAUGGUGGGAGCUGUUGUGGAUGAGCCCCCCGGGGGUCUGGAGGUUGUGAGCGGGUUGGAGGAGCCGCUUGGCGAGGACACCAUUGACCAGGAGCUGGAGCAGCUCUACCUAUCCCACCUGAGCCGCCUGCGCGCCGCCGUGGCCGCUGGUGGGGCGGGAGGUGACGGGGAGGGCCCCACAGAUGGGGGAUUGUCCCCCAGCCAUCCCCUGGGCAUGCUCACAGACCGUGACCUGAUCUUGAAGUGGCCUGGCCCCGAGCGGGCCCUGAACAGUGCCCUGGCUGAGGAGAUUACACUGCACUACGCCCGGCUGGGGCGUGGCGUGGAGCUCAUCAAAGACACUGAGGACCCCGAUGAGGAGGGGGAGGGGGAAGAGGGGCUCUCCAUCAUACCCUCCAGCCCAGAAGGGGACACCCCCAAGGAAUCGCCUCCGGAAAUCGUCUCUGGGGCCCGUUCUGUGGUAGCCGGUAUAGGAGAUGUGUGGCUCCCGUGGGCAGAGGGCUCGGGGUGUGCCAGCCCUGGCGUUCUGGGGGUAGAGGGUCAGUUCACUGGGGCGCCAGAGGAGGGGACAGGCAAGGACUCUGGCUCUUCGCGUGUGAGUAGGGUGACAGUUGGGGUGACUAGGACCCCAGGAGGGAUGGAGCUUACCACUGAGUUGGCCGACAGCUCGGCUCCUGUAUCUGGCAAGGAGCCAGCCUCUCCAGUCCUACAGGGGCCACAUCUCCCCCUUCCUGGUCCCUUGGGGGCCGAAGUCCGUCCUGCCAGCCUGGCGGGGCCCCAGGUGAGCUCCGGGGAUGCAGAGGGCUCAGGCCCAAGCCUUGAGCCCCCCAAGAGGUCUCCUGCCCUAGCAGCCCCCGCAGAGAGUGUGUGCAUAUUGCCUCCCCAGCUCCGGGGGCCUUUGACCCAGACGCUGGGGGUCCUGGCUGGGCUGGUGGUGGUCCCUGUGGCUCUGAACAGUGGUAUGUCCCUCCUGGUGCUUGCGCUGUGCCUCUCUCUGGCCUGGUUCUCGUAGGAGCAGCUUGUGAGACCAGCAAUAACAGGCUUCUCCCUCUCUGGGGUCUGGGGAGGGGCAGCCCCUGCACCCCCACCCCCACCCCGCCCAGAGGGUUCAGAUAGGAUGUGUGUACAGCGAAGGGUCCUUUGCUUCUGAGACUGCUUGACCGGAGAGAGGCCUUCCUGUCCCUGAGCUCUCGUCGGCCCGGGGCUCCCUGCCGAGAUACCAGGGGAGAGAGACAAGGCACGAGCGGAUGGUGCAAGUGAGAACUUUCCGAAUGGAACUGGGCAUGUCCUCCCUUCCCACCCCCGCCCCCCAAGCCUGUAUUUAUUUUUGUAUAAUUCUCUGGAUGAGGGAGAGUGGUCAUGAGCUGGUCUUGGGGCACAAUUACCCAGAGAUAUAUUUAUUAACAGCCAACCUGUGCAACCUGCUGGAGCUUUAUUUUUAAUUUAAUUUAUAUAGAGUACCUAUUAUUAUAUGCCACAAUAGAGCUCUAUGACAAACCA